AAAUCCUCCUAGUCUGUUUACAGUACGUUGCCAUUUCUUUUUCCUCCAUCUCUUCCGGGCACGCAAAUAAUUUUGGCACAAACUCUAUGGAGGUUUCUACUGCCACUCUCCAACCCUCUUGUUCUUUCCCACUAAGAGCCCCUAAAACCGCUACCAGAGACCGCGCUUCUUCUCUCUCUUUCGUCAGAACCUCGUCCAGAAGUAUUUCCCUAUCUUCCAAAAUCACCAAUGGUUGUCUCUUACCAGUUAAACUACCAGUCAGGCCUGUUGCUGCUGCUGCCGUUGGUGAUACAACUGCAGUUCCAAAUGAUUGUUCUAGUGCAGAAGAAUUGUCCGUUUCUGAUUCUUCUAACGCCACAUUGAUUGAAGAUGAAUCCAGAGGAAGUGGUGAAAAGGGGGAAGAGAAAGGUGGUGUGGGGGGGUUGGAUGACCACAAAAUGACCCGAGUAUGUGACAAGCUUAUUGAGGUUUUCUUGGUUGACAAGCCCACUCCAACUGACUGGAGAAGAUUAUUAGCUUUCAGUAAGGAAUGGGAUGAUAUCCGGCCUCAUUUCUAUAAGCGCUGUCAGGACCAGGCAGAUACUGAGGAUGAUCCUGGAAUGAAGCAUAAACUACUACGGCUUGGGCGGAAAUUGAAAGAGAUUGAUGAAGAUGUGCAAAGACACAAUGAACUUCUUAAAGUCGUUAGAGGGGCUCCAUCAGAAAUUAGUGAAAUAGUUUCCAGACGUCGCAAAGAUUUUACACAAGAAUUUUUUGUGCAUGUUCACACUGUUGCUGAAUCCUAUUACGACAAUCCAACAGAGCAAAAUGGUUUGGCAAGUAUUGGAAAUUCGUGCUUGGCUGCUGUACAAGCGUAUGAUUCUGCAACUGAAAGCAUUGAAGCACUGAAUGCUGCAGAGUUGAAAUUUCAAGAUAUUAUCAACUCUCCUUCUGUUGAUGCUGCUUGUAGGAAGAUAGAUCACUUGGCUGAGAAAAGUCAACUCGACUCAACAUUGGUGAUGAUGAUUACAAAAGCUUGGUCAGCUGCCAAGGAGUCGAGCAUGACAAAAGAUGAGGUGAAAGAUGUAUUAUAUCAUUUGUAUGUGACUGCAAGAGGUAAUCUCCAGAAGCUCAUGCCAAAAGAAAUUCGGAUAAUUAAGUAUCUUCUCACAAUUGAGGAUCCUGAGGAGCGUCUGUCUGCAUUACAUGAUGCAUUUACCCCAGGAGAGGAACUUGAAGGGAAGGAUGUAGAUAACCUAUUCACGACUCCAGAGAAGCUCCACACCUGGAUAAAGGCUGUUGUGGAUGCUUACCAUUUCAGCCAGGAAGGCACUCUAAUAAGGGAAGCAAGAGACCUCAUGAAUCCAAAGAUCAUUCAAAAACUGGAGGAGCUGAAGAAGUUAGUCGAAAACAAAUUCUUGUGACCAAUAACGCAUACAUCAUGAAUGGUACUUGUCCGUAUGUCAAACAUCACUGGUAUUCAUCUCCAGGACCGUCUAUUUAUCUCAGCUAAACUUUGGAAAUACAAGAGAACCCUAGCCAUGACUCUCCAGAUUUUCUGAAGUUCCUAGUGGCAUGCACUAUGAAGCUUGAAGCUUCAAACAUCAAAAUGACUUGUCAGCCUUAUAGGUUAAAAUGCUGUAGUUUGUUGGGUUUUUGUAGUCUGAUGUACACCGAGCCCCUUUGUCAUUAUAAACUACAGCUUUGUAAAAUUACUGGCCCUAAGCUUGAAAAUAAAAUCAAUCUCAUCCUCUGUACCAAUUUUCAGU